AUGCCUCACAUACCGCCAACCAUCGAGCUCCUCGAGCAUGCACGACUUCAAUACAGAAGGAAGGAGUAUGCCAAAGCUGUAGACCUUCUCGACCUGGCUAUCAGACAUGAGCCAUCGCCAUCGGUGAAAUUGCUCGACACACGCGCAGCGGUCCAUGAGAAGCUCGGCGAUCACAAGCUCGCGCUCAAAGAUGCCCGAACAUGUAUCCGGAUAUUCGAGAAGGACCCCACUGGCUACCUGCGAGCAGGCAAGGUGCUACAAAUGAUGCAAAAGACUGAUGUUGCAUUAAGUAUCUACAAACAUGGAAUCAGUAAAAAGGUCAAGGAUGUCGAGUUGCUACAGAAAAUGCACAACAAACUCUUGUUGUCUCUUGCUCCCGAUAAAGCCGCAGAUCCCUUCGCCCAGCUACCCAUCGAGAUCGUCGAGAUGAUCCUGUCGUACCUCAACUUCCGACAGACUGUCUACUGCACUCGCGUGUCGAAGCAAUGGAACGUCUUCAUUAACAGCCUACCUGGCCUUUGGAUGAAUCUGGACUUCUCCGAGGCAAGAAGGCACGUGAGAUCCGCAUUCUUGAGCCGCUGCAUCAACACAUCCCGACGCAAAGUCAUCUCCGCCACUCUUAAACGUGUCAACGACUUGGAAAAGGUCAUCAAGGCCCUGGCCCAGAGUUGUCCGGAGUUCCAUUCGCUUCGAAUCGUUGACGGAGGAUUGCAAGGAGAGAGUCUUACUCACAACCUCAAGUCUGCCACCAAAUUAAAGAAGCUCACCCUCGGUGCAUCGGCCAGUGUAUCGUCAAUGACCCUUCCAGGCCUCCUCCUAGGCUGUGAGAAUUUGGAAGAACUCGAAUGUCGUGCUAUCGUCCCCGGCAGUCUGAACAUCCACUGGAAAGGCGAGUUUCCCAAGCUUCGCCGUCUGAAGUUGAUCAGAAAUUUUCAGUCGCCCAACCGCUCCAUGCACACCCUCCGAAUUGGCACUUUGCUGGCGUUGACACCGAAUCUCCAAUCUCUCUCGCUCAAUGACUGGGCCACCCCUUACGAUAUCUUGUCACUCAGGGAAUCAGCAAGCCGCUUGGUCGAGCUUGACAUGACGUCAGAUGUAUCCUCUGGUCCUGUACCGUUUCCGUUUCGUAACCUCCCACAAAGCCUUCGUGUGCUACGCCUUGACCUCGAUCGUCCGCUCAGCAGUGUUGUCUUGUUGAGCCCGAAGGACUUCUUUCUUCCCAACCUAGAAGAACUUGUCUGCUGCGGCACAGACAUCGCUAGUCUUCUCUUAUCUGAUCCGGAGCUCAUCUCAAACUACCCAGACCCUAUAGACAACAUGUUUCUCAAGCACUCAAACAUGUCCAAGCUCCGCACUUUGCAUGUGCAGUGCACAGGCGCAGCCCAACCCGUGACCUCGAUCCUCGCCCUUCCACGUUUGGAGCGGGUCCGUAGCCUGCGGCUGACUCACAACUCUAGUGUCAACGAUGAGGUAGCCAAUCACAUUGCGACCAACAUGAAGCAGCUGCGAGAUAUCGAUCUUUCUUCAACGAUGAUCACGGGCGCAUGUGUACGCGCGCUUGUUGAGGGUCUCAAGUCGACUCUGAAAACACUCAAGUUCGUCAAUGUUUGGCACUGCAGUCCAGAUGCGCCCGAGUGGGCAAGAGAGCAGGGCAUAAGAGUUCAUUAUUCUCAGAAUGCCGAUACCAAGCCGAAAGGACGCAAGAUUCGCUUCGAAUAA